AUGAUACCCUCCUUCCAGACGACGUUUGCGGUUCCGCUGAGCUGCGAAGCUUGUAUCAAAGAUGUCUCUACUUCUCUUUACAAUCUCGGAGGUGUGAGCAAGGUCGACGCGGACCUUAAGCAACAGCUCGUGUCCAUCGAGGGCACGGCUUCGCCGUCGUCGAUAGUCGCCGCGAUCCAAUCGACGGGCCGCGAUGCCAUCCUGCGAGGCAGCGGCGCCACGGAUAGUGCGGCCGUCUGUAUCCUCGAGACGCACAGCACCAGCGUGUCGGACAAGGUGCGCGGACUGGUGCGCAUGGUACAGGUUGCGGCGAACCUGACCAUCAUCGACCUGAGCAUCCGCGGGCUCUCGCCCGGGACCUACUAUGCGACGGUGCGCGAGCGUGGAGACAUAUCCGAGGGCGCGGCGUCGACGGGCGGCGUGUGGGACGCGGUCAAGGCGAAGGAGGAGAACCGGCCGAUUAGGGGCGUGUUUGGCACAGUCGAGGUCAACAAGGGCGGCGUCGGUAGCGUCUUCCUGGACCGUCCGAUACAGAUUUGGGAGAUGAUCGGGCGCAGCGUGGUGGUGUCGCGGAAACAGGAGGGGGCGUUGGACAAGGAGGAUGCGGAUACGCUGGUCGGGGUGAUUGCGAGGAGCGCGGGGGUGUGGGAUAAUGAUAAGACGGUUUGCUCGUGCUCGGGCAAGACGGUGUGGGAAGAGCGAAAGGAGCAAGUGGAGCGGGGGAUGCUCUGA